AUGUCUGGUCUCGCUUUUGAACAACCAACUGGUGGAUUUGUCUUUGACAAUUGUCGACGAAACGAACUUCUGUUGAGCAAUGGCGUUUUGCCCGGCAAGAUUCACAAGACCGGUACCACCAUUGCUGCAAUUACAUACAAAGAUGGUGUUGUUAUUGCUGCUGACAGUCGAUGUACUUCCGGAACGAUCAUUUUUGAUGAUAAUGUCUUGAAAAUCCAUCGUUUAUCCGAUAAUAUUUAUGCACUUGGUGCAGGAACAGCAGCUGAUUGUGACUUUCAAACACGUUUACUUGAAUCUCAACUUGAAUUAUUGAAAUUAAAUCAAGAUCGACAAGUUCGUGUUGCAACAGCCGUUAGAAAAAUCCAACAACAUCUCUUUAGAUACCAAGGUCAUCUCGGUGCUUAUUUGAUCAUUGUCGGUGUUGAUGUAACCGGUUCGCACAUUGCGACCGUUCAUCCGCAUGGAAGUAUCGCAUUUCUUCCGUUUGUUGCAUCAGGUUCAGGUGGUUACACAUCAUUGUCCGUCAUUGAAGAUCGUUUCAAAGAAAACAUGACCGAAGAAGAAGCCAAACAAUUAGCCCGUGAUGCUUUGUAUGCAUCAACAACAACUGAUUUGUAUUCGGGUAGUAGAAUCAAUAUGUAUGUCUUAACAAAGGAAAAACUGGACAAAUUUUUACCAUAUGAAGUUGUUGGUGUCCGAUCAGACAAACAAAAUGAUUAUACGUUAGCUAAAGGAACAACGCAAGUUUUGUCAACAAAUGUGAAAAAGAUCGAAUUCGAUAUCGUUAAUGAGAAAGUCAAGACAACAACAGGAACACACGAAGCGAUGGAAUUAGCUUAA